CGGUGGGGUAGACCGUCCCCCCUCUCACCAAACACAGCGUGCUAACGCUUAGCCCAGUUAGCUGCUCUGCUCGCUUUACUACAGCGCACCCCAUAACUGGUCGUUCGCGGUCCCGUUGCGGAGACAAGCUUUAGUGAGCUCGUGCAGGCUGCCAUCCCUGGUGUUGGGAGCGCUGGCUGGUGAUUAUCGGAUACUUGUGCUAGAAUCUGUGCACUUUUUUUGGAAGUUUCCAGCAUCUCUCCAAAUGCAUCACACUUGGGAAACAUGAGUCAAGACGGAAAUGUGUGAGCGAGAAUGAUCUUAUUAUUCUGGGUCACAUUUUGAGUUGUGUGAUUUGAGGACCAACUCAGUCCAUCAUGGAGGCGUCCACCAUGUUACCCAUACUGAAAAAGAAGCUGGCGUUUCUGUCAGGAGGGAAGGACCGUCGCAGUGGCCUUAUCCUGACCAUCCCGCUGUGCACGGAGCAGACCAGCAUGGAGGAACUCAGUGCCACCCUGGACUACCUGCUCAGCAUCCCCAGUGAGAAGUGCAAAGCACGGGGUUUCACCGUGAUUGUGGAUGGGCGGAAAUCUCCAUGGACCGUGGUGAAGACUGUUGUCCUGAUGUUGCAGAAUGUCAUCCCAGCCGAGGUGUCCCUAGUGUGUGUGGUGAAGCCCGAUGAAUUCUGGGACAAGAAAGUCACCCACUUCUGCUUCUGGAAGGAGAAAGACCGUCUCGGCUUCGAGGUGAUCCUGGUGUCUGCUAACAAGCUGACGCGUUACAUUGAGCCCUGCCAGCUCACGGAUGAGUUCGGUGGAAGUCUGCAGUACGACCACAUGGACUGGGUCAGCAAACGUCUGGUUUUUGAAAAAUUCACUAAGGAGUCCACGUCCCUGCUAGAUGAGCUUGCCAUCAUUAAUGAGAACGAGAGGGCCGGCCAGCCGGACAAGGCCAGGCCACCAGACUGCAAUGUCUUGCCCUCGUUUGACCCGGAAACUGUCCUCCAAACGGGACAUGAGCUGCUCUCUGAGCUGCAGCAGAGGCGUUUUAAUGGCUCGGAAGGCGGGGGCGGGGGCGGGGGCGUGGGAGGGGUCACUGCCUGGUCACCCAUGGACGACGAGCUCCUGGCACAGCCCCAGGUGAUGAAGCUUCUGGACUCCCUGCGUGAGCAGUACACCAAAUACCAGGAGGUGUGUCGGCAGCGUAGCCGCCGCUCACAGCUCGAGGAGAUCCAGGCCAAGGUCAUGCAGGUUGUGAACUGGCUGGAGGGUCCUGGUACAGAGCAGCUCCGGACUCAGUGGGGGAUUGGAGACUCAAUCCGAGCAUCUCAGGCCCUGCAGCUGAAACAUGAGGAGAUAGAGAGCCAGCACAGUGAGUGGUUUGCGGUGUACGUGGAGCUGAACCAGCAGAUGGCAGCGUUGUUGAACGCCGGGGACGAAGAUGACCUGGCCGAGCUGAAGACCCUGCAGCAGCAGCUGAGCGACGUGUGUUACCGGCAGGCCAGCCAGUUGGAGUUCAGACAGAACGUCCUGCAGUCGGCCCACGAGUUCCACAGCACCGCCCAAGAUCUGUCCCAACAGCUGGAUGGGCUUCUGGGCAUGCUCUGUGCGGACGUAGCCCCUGCUGAUGGAGCCGCCAUCCAGCAAACGCUGAAACACCUUGAGGAGAAACUGAAGAGUGUUGAAGGAGCACUGCAGGUUCUGAGGGAGAAGGGUCAGGGCCUGCUUGACCAGAUGUCCAACCAGUCGUCCUGGUUUUAUGGCAAAGACGUGCCAGUCGAGAACAAGGAGAACAUCGACCACAUCCACAGUGUCAUGGAGGACAUGCAGCUGAGAAAGCAGAGGUGCGAGGACAUGGUGGAUGUACGACGGCUGAAGAUGCUGCAGAUGGUUCAGCUCUUCAAGUGUGAGGAGGACGCCUCUCAGGCCGUGGAGUGGCUCACCGAGCUGCUGGACGCACUGCUGAAGACCCACGUCAGGCUCGGGGACGACACGCAGGAAACCAAAGUGCUUCUGGAGAAACACAGGAAGUUUGUGGAUGUGGCGCAGAGCACAUACGACUAUGGCAGGCAGCUGCUACAGGCUACGGUAGUGCUGUGCCAGUCUCUCCGCUGCACCACACGCUCUUCCGGUGACACACUGCCUCGUCUCAACCGCGUGUGGAAACAGUUCACCGUCACCGCUGACGAGAGGCAGCACCGCCUGGAGAUGGCCAGCGCCUUCCACGCAGCCGCCCAGAGGGUUCUGAGGGAGGGCUCUGAGCAGGUGGAGUUGUUGGACUCCGAGGUGUUUGAGGAGGUGGAGACUGUAGGGAAAUCUUUACUGGACAGACUUACUGUUCCUGUCAUAUUUCCUGACGGAAGCGAGCAGUUCUUUGGCAGCCCCGGAGACAUGGCCUCCUCGGCGGAGAACAUCCGUGACAAGCUGAAGCUCGCGGAGGACAAGAGGCUGCAGCAGGAAGAGGCAGAGCAUCUAGAGGAAGAAGCAGCUCUGGAGGUGGGCCCCGAGGAGAGUUAAUGUACGCUCCGGUUACCCUGAUCCCGGGAGAAACCCAGCCUCUGUGCUCCCCAGUGCGACAUCCACCUCAUGCCCUUCGCCAGGAGUUUCUCUUGCACUGUUGCCUUAAUAGUCUGCCAUCUUAGCCACCCCCCCCCCACCCCCCCACCCCGGAGACGGCUCCUGUUGCAUCGCUUAAGCUGACACGUUGGAGCAAGCAAAAGGAAGGAAAGACUCUGGCCUCUCCCGAUGAACAUCGCCUCUCUCUGUCUUAGACAGGUGACUCAAGCUUUUCAUGGUGCUACUACGCCCAUAGAAUGUAAAGAAAGCACCAUGUCUCUAUCCCUCACCAACGUACUUGGUGCUGUAGAAUUAGGCCUAUGGUAAACUUCCUGAUUGACAGUGAGAAAUGUAUAUUGCAUUUUUUCUGUUGCUUUCCAUAAAGCAUUACCAAAAGGUUUGUUUUUUUCCCAUCUUUUUUUUUCUUUCUGUACCAAUAUGAAUAUCCACUAUAAAGUCCAUUGAUUCGGGCAUAAACUGCCAAAGGUACUAUUACAGUUUUUGCUAGAAAUGUGUGUAUGUGCGAGAGAAUGGUGUACGGGGGCGUGUGUAUGUGUGAGAGUGGAGUGGGUGGGUGUGUGUUACAAAGACAUGGGAGACAAUUGUAAGCCUAGUGGACAUGCUGGCAAUUGUAUAGUAAUUUCAUUUUGUCUCUCAGCAUGAAACGGUCCAAUAUUAAAACUAGGCCCUUGUCCCAAAGGCCUUGUGUAAGAAUGAUCAGUCUGGAGCAUUGUUUCAAUAAAUGAAAUGUGAACCUC